UGGUGAGGCACUACUGUACAUAUAUACAACAUUAGAGACUGACAAUGAUACGCGAGGAUCUUACGAUAACAUCCUUCCGAACGUAAUUCUGAUUGGGAUCUUAAUUUAUUUUACGUGAGAGACAUAUUUUCAUAUAACGGUUAUUCACGAAACUUAGAAUCUGCCGCGUGAGAUAGGAACAGAGAGGAAAUAUGCGCGGCAACAGCGCCAACAAUUCAAUACAUACAUAUAGAACUGAUCACAUUAUACAUAUGCAUGUACAUACAUGCGCUAUGCCCAAACGUAAUUCUCUUUAUAGACAUUAUAAUGUCGUGCGAUUCAAAAGAUUUAGUGCGACGCUAGAGAGAAUAAGAAAAGUUUCUUUUCGGCCAGAUUGGCUGACAAUUUACUUACAUAUAUUGUAGCAGUGUUAUGUGGUAUAUAGAAUAAUGCGGGAUCGUCGUAAAUCAAAGCAUAAAUAAGUAUUACUGAAAAUACCAUUUUUAGUAUGUCUGUAUAUUAUCGUGAGAAAUUUUGAAGCUUAAUUGAAGCUGUAACAGUAGCUUUAAUUAGAGUAUCAGCUAAUUACAUAUGUAUAGUACAUAUGUAUAUGUAUUGACUAGCAGUAGAAUACGAAUGUAUCAUGCCCGGAUUUUGCAAAAGUUGAUGUAUUUAAAACCCGGGUGUGGACACUCUUGUAUCUUCUCAUCGUUCCUGGCAUAUAUGUAUAUACACAAUAUGUAUGUAUUGGCAUGCACACAUAUGUAUGCAUAUACAUACAGCAGAAGAAGGUGUUGAACGUGGUAUGUACAUACACACAUACAUACACACACCAUACAUACAUGUCAGGGACCAGAGUUUUCAUGGUGUAUGUAUGUAGUAUGUACGUGUAUUCAUACAUGUCAUGUUGCGCUUUGCGCUGUUGCCAUUUGCCACUUCGCCACUGCCCUUGCGUUUAGGUUGUAGAUAUACAUAUGUACAUAUAAAGUUUCGAGUUAAAUGAAUAGCCCUGUACAAUUAGUUUUUGAUAGAAGUUACAGGUUAUAAAAUUUCUAAUGACUACUGAAACACUUGGAUACACGAAAUCUUGGGAUCGUGUUACGAUGAAUAGUAGUAUAUAGACGAAGGCAAAAAUACAUUAAAUGCUUACCAUUCAAUUAAUCGGAAGUAUUGCAGAGCAAUCAUGUCAUUCUGUGUUCGCCUUGCUCGCAGUAAACCCAUUCGUGUAUUAGGAAGUAUAGCUAUGAAAUGUUGGGCAUUCUGUGGAACUUAUAUACUUGCUUGUUUUCUUUUAUACUGGUUGUAUGGUGGAAUAUCAGCUUUUUUCCUUCUUUGUUUUGCUACUACAGGUAUACUGUAUCACAGAGAGGAUCAGCUUGUGUAUCGUCCAGAAUGGCCAGCUAAUUCUCGGGUAUAUGUUCCUGCACCUUCAAUAUUUAAUUUACCUUAUCAGAGUAUAUACACUAGAUCAGGAGAUGGUACAGUACUACACAUGUUCUUUAUUUCCAAACCAGAAGACAAAGCAAAAAAGGUGCCUACCUUAUUGUUUCUCCAUGGCAAUGCUGGUAAUAUGGGACAUAGGUUGCAGAAUGCAGUCGAAUUAUAUUAUACUGUCCAGUGUAAUAUUUUAAUGCUAGAGUACAGGGGAUAUGGAUUAUCGCAAGGUUCACCAUCCGAAGAAGGCUUAUAUAUGGAUGCUUGUGCUGGAAUUGAAUAUUUAUGUAAUCGAACAGACAUAAAUACUAAUGAGAUAAUUGUAUUCGGAAGAUCUUUAGGUGGAGCAGUAGCUAUUAAUUUAGCCACAAAACCAGAGAAUUCUCAAAAAAUUUGGUGUCUGAUUCUAGAGAACACCUUUACCAGCAUUCCAGAUAUGGCUGCAUUGCUAUUUGGACUAAAAUUUUUACAGUAUCUUCCACUCUUUCUAUAUAAAAAUAAGUAUCUGUCAAUUCUCAAAGUACGGUCAGUCACAGUACCUACAUUAUUUAUUUCUGGAUUGGCGGAUACAUUAGUACCACCACGUAUGAUGCAAGAUUUAUACAAGAAUUGCAGAAGUUCGUGUAAGAAAAUUCUUCAGGUCACAGGUGGCACACAUAAUGAAACUUGGUGUCAGCCAGGAUAUUACCAAAACAUAUGUACUUUCUUGAACGAGUUGAGAGAGAAUCCUCCUGCUCAAGUGACGUCUACUCAUUGGCAAAUAGACGAUAUAUAAUAACAUACUACCAUGCUCACUUUUUGCCCAAAGCGAUGACUAUAUUUUAUAUGUUGUUCACUACUACGUUAAUAUGUAUUUUAAGAAAUAGAGUUUAAUACUGUCGAAUACAUUCAUCAAUUUCUAUUGUGAUCAUUAAUUUUAUUAUAAUUAUAA